CUCGCUGACCGUUCCCCCCCCCCCUCCACCCAGGCGCGCAACUCCGAAAAAGCCCAGUCCAUGCUCUUCCGCUUCCGCGAAGCCCAAGCCGCCGACCUCGGAAUCAUCGACGCAGGCCGAACCCGCCGUCCCCGCGCCAUCACCGAGCAAACAUCCAUCCCCGCCUGCGAGAAAUGGCGUGGCCAGGUCCUCAAAGAAAUCUCCCGCAAGGUCUCCCGAAUCCAAGACAUCUCUCUCUCCGACUACCAAAUCCGCGACCUGAACGAUGAGAUCAACAAGCUCAUGCGGGAGAAACACAUGUGGGAGAUCCAAAUCAAGAACCUGGGCGGGCCAAAUUACAUGAGGGGUGGGGGGAAGGUGUAUGAUGAGGCUGGGAGGGAGAUUCAAGGUGGUGGGAAGGGGUAUAGGUAUUUUGGACGGGCGAAGGAGCUGCCGGGGGUGAAAGAGCUGUUUGAGGCGGCGACGAAGAAGAGGGAGGAGGAUGAGAAGCCGUUGGAGGAGAGGACGGAUUUGAAUAGGAGGAACGUGGAUGCGGGGUAUUAUGGUUAUGCGCCUGGGGAGGAGGAUGAGCUGUUGCUGGAGUAUGAGAAACUCAAGGAGAAGGAGGCGUUUGAGGCGCUGAGGAAGGCGGGGAACAAAGAGGCACCGCCGGGGUGGGAGCCAUUGCCGGGUGAUAUUGGGGAUGGGAGAGUGUGGGAGUUGCCGACGUUGGAUGAGGUGCAGCAGGAGCUGAUUGACAGGAGGAGGGCGAGGUUGUUGGAUCAGUUACAGUAA